AUGCAGACGGAACCUGACGGCCACAUCCGCCACCAAUGAGUGAACAGGGCGCGGUUAGUCUCGCUGAGUGACCGCGCAUCUCUCCAAUCACCGCGCCGCUAAUACCACCGUUGCCGCUACUGCAAGUGGAAGGUCUCUGGCAGCACAGCCGGGGUAGAGUGAAAGUACGGAGGUUACGCUGCUACUUGGACCAGGUUAAAAUAAUCUUUGUUCCAAUUGGUUAUCAUCUGCAUUGUUUACCUUGCUCUGGAACUUCAUGAUGUCAAGGAAAUAAAUAAAUAAUGCCCAUUUUGGUACCUGGAAAGAACCAUGGCAAGUCCGGUUGAACUUGAAGAAAAUGUCAAGAAGCUUGUUGUACGUCUUAAAAAUGUUGAGGAAGGGAAACAGAUUGGCAAUCUGGUUCAGAUAUUACAAGAUUUACAUUCUAGCACAUUUUGUGAUGGUGCACCAGAAAUAUUCAGUCAUAUGAAAGUGCAUUUAUCCUUAUUACUGGUACUGGAAUCCUACAUGAAAGUUUCUGUCAUACAAGAGGUGGGCUGGUCUCUCCUGUGCAGACUUAUGGAACUGUGUCCAAAUACUCUACAUGAUUUACAUACUCCUGUUGAUCUUGGACGUGAGUGGGAAGUGCUUGGUGUUCACCAACAAAUUUUGAAAAUCCUGUCAACUUACCUUACAAAUCUCAGUGUCCUGACAAUAGGCCUGAAAACGUUAACUAUAAUCCUUGCUUCAGAUGUAAUACACUUCCUGGUUUUGGAUCAUGAAGCAGACAUUUUUUUGUUGAUUUUUGAUGCCAUGAAAAUGUUUUCGGAUAAAGAAGAUAUUCAGAUAUAUGGAUGCCAAGCAUUAUACCUGCUUUUAGUGAAAGUUCCAGAAGAGCAAUUGACAGAGUUUGUUGAGAACAAAGAUCAUUUAAUAAUUUUGAAGGUGCUGACAAAACAUAAAAAUACAGAGUCUGCUAUAUUGCCAGCAUUGAAUGCUUUGCUCCCAUUGGCUGGUUCACCCAGUAAUGUGGAAGUGCUUAUGUCUGGCAAUGUAAGGUGUUACAACAUAAUAAUGGAUGCAAUGAAAACAUUUCCAAAUAGUGAGAAAAUCCAAGAAGUCUGUUGCUGUUUAUUCCAGAAACUUACAUUUGAGAGUUUUUUUAACAUCCUGGUACUAAAUGAAGCUCAUGAGGUCAUCAUUAAGGCACUGAAAAACUAUUCGGCAAACUCAAAACUUCAAGCAGCUGCUCUAACAUGUCUGGCUCUGCUCACUGAAACUAUAUUUUUGAACAAAGAUUUGGAAGAUGGAGAGGAAAUGGAUGAUGUUAGAGGACAGCUGUAUUGGUUUGAGCCUUCGUUCAGAGCUUUAAAACUACACAAGAAGAACACAGAAGUCCAGGAAGCUGCAUGCUGGGCCCUGAACAAUCUUUUUAUGUACCAUCCCGAACUUCAUGAAAAAAUUGGGGAUGAACAACACCAGUAUCCUGUACAUAGAGAAGUCAUGCUGUCCAUGCUGAUGCAUUCUUCUUCCAAGGAGGUUUUCCACGCGUCCACAACUGCUCUGGCAUCCCUGGCUGAACAUAAUGUGGUUAUUAAAAAGAUUUUAUUGGAGAAAGGGGUUCAUAUCAAUGUGUUAGAAAUAAUGAAAAAACAUCUUGAAUCUCCUGAAGCAACUGAAAGUGCCUGUCGGGUAUUGCUCCAUCUUCUGAAUGGAAGCACCUUUAAUUUGGAUGUAAUGACUGUGACUAUGACAACUCUAAUGAAUGUAAUGAAGAAACACAAAAAGGUUACUGGUGUCCAGCUGGUAGCGCUACGUGUUAUGUUACAGAUUAUGUCUGAUGACACAAAAUUAGAUGUUCCAAAUGAAACAGUGAUAGCCGAAGAAACUGUUUCUCUAAAUCUCCCACUUAAAGUAAUCAAGAACCAGUGUUUACUUGAAGGAACCCAUAAAUUAAUGUUACAAGCUCUUAACAAAUUCACUGGCAAUCCUGCUAUACAGGAAUGUGGUCUUAAAGUACUGGGGUGUCUGUCAGACUGUUCGGGAGCUUUGGAACUGCUGUCUGAGCAUGGAGUUUUGGAUACCAUUUUACAUACUAUCCAGAUGUACCCUGGAAACCAAGAAAUCCAGUACUUUGGUUUCUAUCUCUUGUCUUAUUUGGUUACGAGAAAAAACCUGUGUAUUGCAACAAUGCAUCUAUUGUCAACUCAUCUGGUUACUACAUUGCAGAGGUAUAAGGAUGUUGUCAAGCUACAAGUGGAGGGAUUUCGAACUGCCUUAACACUGAUGAAGCUCUCCCACAGUUUUGCAAAGCUUUUAGAUCUAGAAGAUUUUGACACUGUACUUUUCUACCAGAUCUCCAUGUGCUUGGCAAACAAACGGGAUGUGAAAUUUCAGACUUUGUGCUAUUGCUGUUUUGCUGAAAUGACUUUGGAUGAUAAAUUGAAGAACAAUCUGCUUGCUAAGGCAUGUGCUGAAGAUGACAUGGUCCUAGUGGAGACCUUGCUCCUGUUAGGAGCAGAUGUAAAUAACAAAACAAAGCAUACAGCUUUAAUCAUUCAGGUUUGCGAGAGGGGUACCAAUCCUAAACUGGUGGAGCUAUUGUUAAAUCAUGGGGCUCGUGAACAGGAUGUUCAGAAAGCCCUCCAAGUCAGCAUUAUGAAUUGUAAUAAUGAGAUCAUUAGCUUGCUCUUAAAAAAGCUUGGCUUAGAUGUGGCUAAUAACAGCAUUUGCCUGGGAGGUUUCCAUAUGGGCAAAAUAGAACCUUCAUGGCUUAAUCUACUGUUCUCAGAAAAAAAUUCCACAUUAAGACUUCCUUCCGUAGAUCAUGAAGGAAAGCAAGACUUGGGGCCCAUUUUGGCACGGUUGGUGUUUCGGUAUCAGAACAAACAUUAUGGCUGCAGAUCUUCUGGAGAUUUAAGUUCAAUGGAGGAUGUAUUUGAUAAAGGGGAGGAGUCAUUCACAAAUGAUGCUUUUGAAGAUCUAUUGGUUUGCAGUGAUGACCUAGACAGUGAAGGCAGUGAUGGAAUGCUCCCUAUGAAAAAACCUCAUUCCGUUGUCAGUCUUGACAUUCAUAAGGAAAACUCCAAGCUAAAUCAUGUAACACUGGGAGAACGUCAAACAAAUUCAUUGGGUGGAUUUGGAGAUGAAUCCGUUGUACGUCGUAGAAAAGAUUUUCCUCAAAUUGAUUGUCCAAGUGUAGCCCUAAGAUUUGCUUUGCACAUGAAGCGAACUGAAAGCUCCUCUUCUUUGACUGAAAAAGAACACAUUCGAUGUCUAGAUCUAUCAGCAAAUGAUCUGGAAAUCAUAGAUAUGAUAAAUAAAAAAUCCCUUCUAACAAAUCACUUGGAACGACUUGAGAAAAUGGAGCUUCAGCAGAAUACUAUAUCAUCUAUUUCAAAGUCACUCUGUGAAACUUUAAAAUCUUUGACUUAUCUGGACUUGCACAGUAACUGCUUCAAACUCUUCCCUACUUCUGUUCUUGAGAUGAGCAGUAUCUCAUUCCUUGACCUAUCAAGAAAUGAGAUUGGACCUUCGUUAGACUUGAGCACAAGCAUUGUAUGCCUGACCUUGAAGCAUCUUAACCUGUCAUAUAAUCAACUGAAAAGUUUUCCUGAAUGUUUUGGAAAAAUUGCACAAAGACUUGAAGAGUUUAUCCUUGAAGGAAAUAACAUUUCUGAAAUCCACCAACCACUUUGUUUGCCAGAACUAAGGACUUUAAAUUUAAAUAAAAACACAAUUUCUUCACUUUGUUUGGAUUUCCUAAGUAAUUGUGCUAAAUUAGAGGUGUUUUGUGCCAUGAAAAACGAACUAGCUAUGGUGCCCAAUAUUCCCUCAAAAAUCACCACAUUGCGGUUAUCACAUAAUAAAUUUACAAAUAUCCCCAGAGAAAUCCUUCAACUCUCACAUUUACGAACAGUAGAUUUAAGCAACAAUCAAAUUGAUAGUCUACCUGGCCCGUUGGAAUGGGCUUCUUUAAAUUUGCGAGAAAUCAUUUUGAAUUACAAUCAGAUUAGCAUUUUAAAUCUUGGGGACCUCCGAAAAGAUGUAAACAGAUGGUCACGGCUUGAGAAACUGCAACUUUCUCACAACAAGAUCCAGGAGAUACCCCCUGAAGUUGGAUUUCUUGUAAACAUCACUUGCUUUGACCUAAGCUACAAUCCAGAUCUGAGAUCAUUUCCAGAUGAAAUGGGAAAACUUACUAAAGUUUGGGACCUUCCACUUGAUGGACUACAUCUUGAUUUUGAUCUGAAGCACAUAGGGUGCAAGGCCAGAGACCUCAUACGUUUCCUCCAGCAACGCUUAAAAAAGGCCGUUCCUUAUAAUCGUAUGAAACUGUUAAUUAUGGGGAACACAGGAAGCGGUAAAACAACACUAGUGCAACAGCUAAUGAAAGAGAAGCGCCCGGGACAGGGACCGGAAAAAGCAACCAUUGGAAUAGAUGUAAAGGACUGGCCCUUAUUUAUAAGAGGGAAAGUUAAGAAGGAAAUUACAUUGAAUGUCUGGGACUUUGCAGGUCAGGAGGAGUUUUAUAGCACUCAUCCACACUUUAUGACUCCACGUGCUUUGUACCUUGUGGUUUACGAUCUCAGCAAAGGUGCCUCUGAAGUUGAUGCUAUAAAACCAUGGCUUUUCAACAUAAAGGCUCGAGCCCCCUAUUCUCCUGUUAUUCUUAUUGGCACACACCUAGAUGUAUCUGAUGAAAAACAGCGUAAGGCCUGCAUAAAUAAAAUAAAGCUGGAGCUAUAUAAUCAGCGGGAGCUUCCCUGUGUUCAAGACUGUCACUUUGUGAAUGCUACCGAAGAGUCUGAUGCUUUGUCAAGGCUUAGAAAAUCUGUCAUAAAAGAGUGUUUGAAUUUCAAGAUCAGAGACCAACCAGUUCUUGGGCAACUGAUUCCAGACAGUUACUUGGAGCUUGAGAAGAAAAUUUUGAUUGAGCGGAAAAAUGCACCACUGGAAUUUCCAGUUAUCAGUUACAAGAGGAUGCUAGAAAUUGUAACAGAAAACCAUUUGCAUUUAGAUGAACAUGAACUACCAUAUGCAGUCCAUUUUCUAAAUGAAUCUGGGGUAUUAUUGCACUUUGAGGAUCCUGCUCUUCAACUUCAAGACCUUUAUUUUGUUGACCCUCAGUGGCUUUGUAACAUAAUGGCACAGAUUUUGACAGUAAAAGUUGACGGGAGUCACCGAUAUCCUAAAGGGAUUAUCCGUUGCAUAGAUGUGGAGAAAUUUCUUUUCAAGAAAAGGAAGUUUCCGAAAAAUUAUGUGUCACAGUAUUUUAAGCUAUUGGAAAAGUUUCAGAUAGCUUUACCCCUUGGGGAGGAGCAGCUUCUUAUUCCAAGCAGCUUAUCAGACCAUCGACCAGUCAUUGAAUUACCUCAUUGUGAAAAUUCAGAGGUCAUCAUACGAUUGUAUGAAAUGUCAUAUUUUCCCAUGGGUUUCUGGUCCAGGCUAAUCACCAGACUUCUGGAAGUGUCCCCAUACAUGUUGUGUGGCAGAGAACGAGCACAACGCCCAAACCGGAUGUAUUGGAGACAAGGCAUCUACCUCAACUGGUCUCCAGAAGCUUACGGUUUGGUGGAGUCAACAAGUCUACACAGUAACCCAAACAGUUUCUUGAAAAUCACUGUUCCGUCUGGCAGGAAAGGUUGCAUUCUAUUGGGACAGGUUGUGGAUCAUAUUGAUUCUCUUAUGGAGGAAUGGUUUCCUGGUUUGCUGGAAACUGACAUUUCUGGUGAAUGUGAAACAUUGUUGAAAAAGUGGGUGUUAUACAGCUUUAAUGAUAACCAAGAGCACCAAAAAAUACUUAUCUCUGAUCUGCUGGUGAAAGCUGAAGAAGGUGACUUGUUGGUGAAUCCAGAAGAUCCAAGGUCAACAAUUCCUAUCUCUCAAAUUGCACCUGACCUGGUACUGGCUGAUCUACCUCGAAAUAUUAUGCUAAGCAGUGAAGAACUGGUAUUUGACCAAGCUCCGGAGUUUUUACUGGGUGAUGGGGGUUUUGGUUCAGUUUAUAGAGCUAUGUAUAAAGAUAAACCUGUAGCUGUAAAAAUUUUCAACAAACAUACUUCUCCAAGGCUGUUGAGACAGGAACUGACAGUUCUUAGUCACCUCCAUCACCCAAGCUUGGUGUGUUUGCUGGCAGCUGGUGUCCGUCCUAGGAUGCUGGUGAUGGAACUUGCUCCAAAGGGUUCUCUUGACCAUCUACUUCAACAAGACAGUAAUAGUCUGACGCGAACUCUACAGCACAGGAUAGCUCUGCAUGUUGCUGAUGGGCUGAGGUAUCUUCAUUCAUCGAUGAUAAUCUAUAGGGAUUUGAAGCCCCACAACGUUCUACUAUUUACUUUAUAUCCAAACUCUGCAGUCAUUGCCAAGAUUGCAGACUAUGGUAUUGCUCAGUAUUGCUGCAGGAUGGGGAUCAAAACUUCAGAAGGCACUCCUGGAUUCCGAGCGCCUGAAGUUGCAAGGGGAAAUGUUAUUUACAACCAGCAGGCUGAUGUUUAUUCAUUCGGAUUAUUGCUGUAUGAUAUCCUGACAGCUGGAGCUAGGAUGGUUGAAGGACUGAAGUUUCCAAAUGAAUUUGAUGAAUUGGCUAUCAAUGGAAAAUUGCCUGAUCCAGUCAAAGAAUAUAAUUGUGCUGCAUGGCCAGAAGUCGAAGUGCUAAUUAAGAAAUGUUUAAAAGAAAAUCCCCAAGAACGGCCUACAUCUGCCAAGGUGUAUGAGAUCUUGAACUCGGCAGAACUCCUGUGUUUAAUGAAGAAUCUUUUGAUACCGAGCCCUCUAACAGCCGAGUGCCUAGUUGCUGCCAGUCCACGUUUUAAAAAGCCCAUCGUGUGGGUUGGAAGUGGUAGUACGGAAAAAGGGCAGAUAUCAUGUUUAAAUGUAAUAAAAGGUGGACAUACAUGUGAGGAUUUUUCUGACAGUAGGAUCCUGUGCCUUGCACUUGUGACGUUGCCUGAGGACAAGCAACCCUGGAUUGUAGCAGGGACACAGUAUGGUGAGAUAGUGGCAGCGCAUACAGAAGAUCUGAAAACAAAGCAUCAACUGCAGAAAAUGCCCGACUCUGUUACAUGUUUGUUUUUUGCUUCCGUUAUAAGGCAGAGCCAAAAGAAAUAUUACCUUCUGGUUGGUACAGCAAAUGGCAUUAUUGCAAUUUUUGAAGAUGCGUCAAUAAAGUGUAGCAAUGCCGUGCCUGUUAAGGUACUCAAUGUAGGUGAUAUAAGUACUCCAGUAAUGUGCUUGUGUGAAUCAACGUAUUCAUCUGAGAAGACUGUGGUCUGGGGUAUCUGUGGAACAAAAAUCUUAUCUCUUUCCAAUGACUUUUCCAUUCAAAAGACUAUUGAUACAAAAACUGCUGUGCUACUGUCACACGGAUCGCUGAAUGAUUCCAAUAUCACCUCUUUUGCUGUUGACAAAUACAUCUAUGUGGCAAAAAAGUACAGCCCGUAUGUGGAGAUAUGGGAUAAGAAGACUGAAAAACUUUGUGAAGUGCUGGACUGUGCUCAGUUCUUAAAAGAAGAGAUUGUUAAGCAGAGGAAAUUAAAGAAAGAAGAUGCUUAUACUGCUCGGGUAAAGGCCAUGUUUCUACAGAGAAAUACUGCUCUGUGGGUGGGGACCGGUGGAGGACACAUAUUGCUCAUUGAUCUACCAACUCGACGACCGAUACGAAUCAUGUCCAGUUUCUGCGACUCUAUUCGAUGCAUCGUUCCUACUCAACUUGAUAAAGGAAGUGUAAAGAAUGUUCUGCUUGUUUUAGGAUGCCGUUGCACACCACAAAAAGAAAUACAGUGGUUUCUAUCUGCGUGGGAUACUAACUUUCCACAUGAAGUUCAAAACCUUAGAAAACACAAUGAAAUUAGACAAGAGUUGGCAGAAAAAGCAAGAGGAUUAGUAUUAGACUGAUAAACCAGUGUAGAAUCAAAGUCCAUCAGUGCUGCACAAAUUGACUUGUGUUUCAUCUACAAAAAAUGCAUUGAGGUUACUGCAACGUUUUGAACUGCACCAACAGCUGUGGGGAUGUGAAUUAUUAGACUUAGGUUAUAAUGUGUACCACAGUUAAUAGUGUUUGUUUUACCUAUUAGUUGUGCAAAUGUUAGAAAUAUUCUGAAUUUUGCACUCACAGGUACCAGGAAUCUGGAAAUGUGUUGCAUUUUUCACCAUAUCUGCAGUGUUUCAAUUUUAACUGUUAGGUUCUCAUAAGAAAAUGUGUACAAUACUGAAAUAUGGAUUUUGUUUCUUUGAAAAGUAGAAUAGGAAAUUACAAUAUACAUCACUCUAUGCCCACUCUGGUAAAUAGUAUUUUGAAAUGGCCUGGAUUAUAAAUAUUUCGACUGUUUUGAAUUCUAUAAAAAAAAAAAGUUGUUAUGUAAUACCUGUAAAUAUCAUACUACUAUUA